ACUUAAUUAAAUAUAGUCAUAAUAUAAUCGCACUUAACGCUUCUAAUCAUUUUUUUAUAUUGCUUUUUAUAAUUUUGAUUCAAAAAAAUUUUAUUUAAGUGAUAUUUAACGAAAAUGGCAUCAAAGGUUUUAGUUAAAAUACCAACAGUUCCAUUCACUCAAGUGCAAGUAAAUAAAAAAAGUCCUGACGUGAUAACUGUGGGACGAACGGAUGGCAUUGUUAUAUCUGCAAAUAAAGAUCCAGUUAUACGAGUAGCACAAUUGGAACAAAAUAUUCGAUUUUUGCAAGAACAACACCAGUCAAUGCUAUCAUGUUUACAUAAUGAAAUUGAAACGUUAAGGCAACGUAAUCGAGAUUUACAGUUUCAACUCGUCUUCGCCAAAAAUGGAGUCAUUUUAAGCUCACCAUCAUCACCAGAGGAUGAUCCAAAACCACGAAUAUUACUUAGUCCAAAACAAGUGAAUGUUACACCACUUCAAGUUGAACUACUGGAAAAAGAACUUGGUGAAUUGAAAAUAAAUCUACAAGAAGCAAAUACAAAAAAUUCAUACUUAUCUGCCAUAGUUGAUGAACAAAAAAAGAAACUAGAAACAUUUGAAGCUGAUUGGAAUGAAGUUCAUACUGCCACCAGUGCAAAUCAACCCGAGGAAAGUGAAUUACAACAAAAAUUAGAAGAUGCUGAUCGAUUGAUUCGUAGAUUACGACGUGAUAACGAAGAUCAACGUCGUGAGAUAUCCUCGCUAAGAUCAUCUAUUCAAAGUGGUGAUCAUCCUCAACAACAACAACAACAUGGUGGUCGCGGCAACAAUGGCCGACGUGGUUCACAUCAUCGAGGUCAACGUGAUCAUAGAUUCCCACCUUUACAUUCCCAAAGCUACUGGCAUCAAAGUAAUGGACGUGGCGGACGCGGUCAAAAUCGAUCUGAUCGUGGUGAAAACGAAGGUUCCGGUGGAGGAACAAUACUCCCAAGCUUACGUAGCGAAGAAUCAUCCACAACAUAUGGUACAUACUCAAAUCAUUCAGGUAAUGGUAAUAGGAGGUCUAGUGGUAAUUAUCAAGGCAAUGGAAAUCACCAAUAUAGAGAUGGUGAAAGAAAAUAUCGUGGACAAAAUAGAGGAAACAAAUCAUAAAUUGCUUUGAUAAAGUCUGAAACUAAUAUUAUAUAUAUUUAUUAAUUAUUUCUAGAUGUCAUCAUUAUCUUACAAGGAAAUAUUGCUUUAAAAAAUUUAUAUGUAUUCAUAUUUCCAUUCAAGUAGAAAAAGUUAUCUCUGUAUUCUACAAAUUAAUAUUGAUAUACUAUCGAUUUGAUUGUUAAAAAAAUCCAUUCUAGUUCAAAAUUUUUCCAGGCUAACAAUUUUUACAACGCUAUUAAAAACAGUUGAUAAAAUUCUUCUAUUGAUCUUCUAUUGAUGAAAUUUUAGUUUCUCUGUAUGUAGAAGAUAAUCUAGUCCCUAUUGAUGUUUAUAAAAUGCAAUGAUGAUCAAAUACAUUUUAGGUGUAGAUGGUUAUCAUCGAUUUAAAGACACCCUGGAGGAAGAAAUAUUUGAAGAAAGAAUAAUUCUUCAAAGUUUCUAAUACUUUUCUAAGACUUAUUCUUUCUUCAAAUAUUUUUUUCACCAGGGCCGUCAGAUACUUCUGACAA